UCUUCAUCAAUUGAUUUAAUUCCCUUCUCUCAUUCUCUGCAUGCCUUUCUAAAACCAAACUCGGCGCAAAUCGAAAUAAGGAAAAAACUCAUAACUAGAUCGUAAAAUGGCGACAGAUUUGAAACCGAAGUACGCAUACACGGUGGUUUACGUCAAGGAUGUUGCUAAAUCCGUCGAGUUUUACGGUAAGGCGUUCGGUCAGCCUGUUCGCCGUUUGGACGAUUCGCACAGAUGGGGUGAGCUAGAAAGCGGACAGACAACAAUCGCGUUUACGCCGGUGCAUCAACAUGAAACGGAUGAUCUCACCGGAGAGGUUCAGGAACAAAAGUCGAAAACCAUAAGGAAUCAACUUGAGGUUUGCUUUGCUUAUGCAGACGUGGAUGCUGCAUACAAGAGGGCGGUGGAGAAUGGGGCGGAGGCUGUGUGCCCGCCGGAGGAUAAAGAAUGGGGACAGAGGGUCGGGUAUGUUCGUGAUAUCGAUGGGAUUGUGGUGAGGAUGGGAAGCUUUGUGAAGCAGCGUUGAAUCAUGUGCAUCUAUGUAUGCAUAGACACUGUGUGUGUGUGUGUGACUGUGGUGGUGGGGUAAUGUGUUAAAUAAUAUUAGUAGUAUGUUUUGUUUUCCAUAGAGGUUAUCGUUUCACGAUUUCUUCGUAAAAAUUCUAUACAGGGGAUGUUCGAUUGUACGUAAUUAUAU